AUGCUAAGUUACUUUGAGGUGAGUGCUGAGGCUUCACACAUUUGCGGCGAUCUUCUCAAAAGCACCAAGCAAGUGAAGUACAAUCACAAGUACCUUCAAAGAACAUUAGAAAUUAUGGAUUAUGAUGAUUUUCCAGAUAAAUUUGAUCAAAUAAUGUUUGAGCUUGACUCAUUCAUCAUCACAAAAAAUCCAUUUUCAAACCAUAGAAACAAUGAGUUCAAGUGCAUUAGUGAUAGUCACUCAUCAUUGUUGAACCAUUUGAAAUCAAUGAGAAAAAGGGUUGCAAGGAAAAUUAAGAUAAUGAAGUUUUUGAAAAAGGGUUGUUGCUUAUUAGCACUAAUAAUGGUGCCAACAAAAUUUCUUGGUGAAAUUUAUGCUCAAAUUGACAUAGCUGCAAAGGGAACAUACAUAUUGAAUAGAGACUUGGAUACAAUGAGUAGGCUUGUGACUAAGCUUCAUGAUGAAGUUGAACAUAACAAGGAAAUGGUGCAAUUUUGUUUGGAAAGGAAAUAUGAUAGAUUCACUAUACAAAUAGUGAGGGAGUUUAUAAAAAGUGAGAAUGGGUUUAGGCAACAAGUUGAAGAACUUGAAGAGCAUGUUUACCUCUGUCUUUUGACAAUAAAUCGAGCAAGAGGUUUGGUUAUUAAGGAAAUGACAUAA